AUGCGAACAGCGGUGGACUGGACGAUGUACGGAUUGGCAUUCAUCUUGGUGUCAAUACGGAUAUGGUUUCGACUCCUCUACCAGCGAGUCGGGCUCAAAUUUUCCGACAUUCUCCUUAUCCUCUCGGUGCUCUUCGCUACAGGAUUGGAAAUAACCCUCACGAUGACAUUCGAACGUGGAGGAAUGUUUGAAGAAAUCGCUGAGACAAGUCCUACGACAAACGUAAAGAUUGGGUACAUGGGGAUAUUCUUCUACAAUGCCUCACUGUACUGCGCGAAGUUUAGCCUCCUCAGCCUCUACUAUUUCCUCAUCCCGCAGACAUGGCCCAAUUUACGUACCGCACUCAUUGUUACCAUCGUUUACAGCGUUGGGUCCUAUCUUACGACCCUAUUCCUAACACUAUUUUGGUGUGGAACGAAUAUUGCAUCGAAUUUCAUCCCUUCCUUCCCAGCUUGCAGCAUCUAUAAUGCCACGUAUCUCAAUACGGUCUGGGCGUUGGACAUUACCUCUGAUGUAAUGGCUUUUGUGCUUCCGUUCCCGUUGUUGGUUGAACUCCAAUUGGCGAGGAAGCAGGUUGUAGCCUUGGGCCUAACGUUCGGACUGGGCAUCAUCACCAUGGCGGUGAGCGUGGGACGGUUUGCCGCAGUCAAGCAAAACUCCAUCAUGCCUUUUUUUGUCUGGUCCUCGGCCGAAUGCACGACAGCGAUCAUGGUCGCCGCUCUCCCAGCAUUGAGACCUCUACUCAAGCGGGCCACCAGAACCAGCCCUCGAACUUACACCGACGCAUUGGGUGUGGACGAGAUGCAGCGCCAUCAAACCACCAAACGCGCUGUUCAAUCCCGUGCGAGCGUCCGCAGCAACGAUUCGGCAUAUUCGAUGACCCGUCAACAUCACAGUUUCGGCGCAUCAAGAAAAGAUUGGGUGCAGAUACGGGCCAGAAGACACCGUCACACCCCUCAAUUCAUGGCGGAGAAUCUGAUAUAUAAUUUUCCUAGCAUGAGGAUAUGUUUUAGCAUUCGGUUUUUGAUUCCCCAAAGGUGA